AUGGAAGUAAGCUCCUAUACAAUAUGCUGUGCUAAACCAAAUAGCAUUUACAAUGUCAAAUGCAUUGCACCUGUGAAUGAAAUUUCGUCUUGUGAGAAUCUGAUUGCUGACCCGGUUCUCAGUGCUGCUGUAUGGUACAUUGCAUUAAUGGCAAUUUUUGGGAACAUGACUGUUUUUCUACAUUUUGCCAGUAAUUUCAAAAGCAACGAAGAGGGGGCGUACUAUAUUCUAACAAUUAAUCUGAGUUGUGCGGAGUUUCUGGUUGGUGUUUACUUGUAUAUUAUUGCUAUCAUAAAUCUGCAUUACACAGGCCAGUACGGUUUGAAUGAUUACGUUUGGAGACACAGCAUCGUUUGUACCCUUUCUGGAAUAACUGCCACUCUGUCAAGCGAGGUUUCUGCUUUUAUUGUUUUGUUGAUCACACUUGACAGAUUUAUUGCAGUCAUGUAUCCAUUUUCGGACUUAAAACUUAACAGAAGAAGAGUCUCUGUGCUUUUGUUUAUUGUCUGGGUUGCGUCUCUUCUCCUUGCUUUGAUCCCUUUAAUACCGGACCCUAAUCUUGAAAACUUCUACGCACAGUCUGGAGUCUGCGUUUCUCUUCCACUGUCCAUUACUAGAAAGUCUGGAUGGCAGUACUCAAUGACUGUGUUCGUGGGAAUCAACUUUUCUCUUUUUCUCUUCAUCAUAUUUGUACAGAUUUCAAUAUUCGUUAAAGUUUUCAGAGUUGGGAAGAAUGUGCAAUCGACCGCAGAAAGCCAGAGGGAAUCCUCGUUGGCGAAGACACUGUUUGCGAUUGUUCUGACUGAUGUAUUCUGUUGGAUACCUAUAGGGACGAUAGGAAUGCUGACGUUUUUUGGGAUUGAGGUACAGCCUUACGUUUAUGCCUGGAUGAUAGUUGCCGUUCUGCCCAUUAACUCAGCUAUUAACCCAAUAUUGUAUUUGUUGACUAUAUUCAUCAGAAACAAGUGGAGAUCCGUUAACACCAGUCAGAGAGUCAUCAGCACCGUUUCGGGUACUUCUUCCUACAGUCGUGAUCUUCAACAUUGUCCUGUAGAUCAAAAACAGGGAACAACGAAGAAAAUUGUUAAUAUAAAGGAAGAAGGGAUCGGGUCACAGGAGAAAAUGGAGUCACUACAGGAAAGGAUCGGGAUACAGAUGGAAGGGAUCGGGUCACAUCAGGAAAGAAUGGAGUCUGUAGAGGAAAAGAUCGCGACACAAGAGGAAAGGAUCGGGUCACAAAAAAGAGUGGAGUUUCUAGAGGAAAGAAUCGGGACACAUCAGGAGAGAAUGGAGUCAAUACAGGAUAGGAUCGGGACACAGGGGGUAGGGAUCGGGUCACAACAAGAAAGAAUGGAAUCACUACAGGAAAGGAUCGGGUCACAACAGGAAAGGAUAGGUCCACAUCAGGAAGGAAUAGGGUCACAACAGGAAAUGUUCCGGAAACACCAAGAUCCGGAAAGGAUCGGGACACAGCAGGAAAGGUUCGUCUCAACACAAGAAAGGCUUAGGUCACAACAGGAAAGGAUAAGCACACCACAGGAAAGGAUAGGUUCUUAUCAGGAAGAAAUGGAGUCUCUAUAG